AUGCUCGAGCUACAGCUCCCUCGCCCAAUGCCUCACGCUCUGCCCCGGGAGCCUCCCUUCGACUUCUACGCCUCCUCCUCCCGCUCCAUGUCCAAGCUGGACUCCACCAUGCAGCUCCCAAUGCCUCGCAUGGCCACCGGUCACGAUCACGUCCAGAGAGCGCCCCUCACACCCCCCAGACCUUCCAGGCUCGGACAGGUGCUGGCCAUCAGUAUGGUUACCAACUACCCGCCAUCGGAAACUCGAGGUCUGUGGCUGCUCCACGAAGCCCCAGUCCGCAACGCCAGGCCCAGCAGCCGCCACAAGAACGUCACCCACACACCACGCAAGAAGUGGUCUAUUUCGCCCAACUUGCGGAUACCCCCAACCAUCAGCACUCCGCAAGAGGGCUUGCCUCAACUCGCAGACGAGCCCCUCGUGCCCGAUGCACACCCCACGAUCGGUUUCAAGAAAUGGGUAGCCACCAUCCUCACAACCACGCAGGUCGCCCAGAACGGCAAGCCUGGUAGCGAAUAUCGACUAUUGACCGUAGCGCUCAUGCUUGGCAACAAGUUUUUGGACGACAACACCUACACUAACAAGACGUGGGCAGAGGUCUCGGGCAUCUCGGUGCAAGAGGUGCACAUCAUGGAAGUCGAGUUCUUGAGCAACAUGAGAUACAGCCUGUUCACAUCGAAGGAGAGGUGGGAAGAGUGGCACACUGUCUUGGGCAAGUUUGGAACCUUCUUCGACAAGGCUUCGCGCAUUCCAGCUUCAGGCACCAUCAGCCCUGUCGGCCCCCCGACUCCUUCUCUAGCUGUGCCGCACAACUUCGUCCCGUCACCACCAACCGCCCAACAAACAUCACCUCCGACCGCAAUGAUGUACUCACCGAACCAUGCUGCGUUUUCCAACACACCUCUGUUGCAGCCUCAGGCGACAUCAACCACAGUGUCUCCAAUUGGCUCCCUGCCUGAACUUGGUCCAAUCGUGCGCAAACGCAGCGCUGACUACGGCGCUGAGCAAUCGUUCAAACGCCAAGCUCACGGCUUUGCCCCUGGCCCUUAUGGCAAUGCUCCUCCCAUUCCAACGCUGCAAACACCAGUGAACAGGUCUUUCGAGGUUCCACCUUCAGUCAAUCGUCUGCCACCACUGCCCAGCUUGUCGAUCCCUGCACCACAGCCAAUGCAGCCUGCACAGGGAAAGAAUUGGUCAGAACUGCCACUCCCCGGACCCGGUGCCCGUUCGAUGGCUAUGGUGUACCCUCCCCCUGUUCAAUGGCAACAACCUAUUGGCACUCCAACAUCCAUGCCUGCGCCUCCGUUCUCCAACAACUACACUCCCACUUCUUCGUCCCGCCAGAUGAGCCCGUAUCCGCCUUCUGCUGGUUCCUCUCCGUAUCAACCCCUGGGUCGCCCCAACACUGAGCGCCGCGCAGGCCUCCUGCCGUACAUGGACCGCAAUGCGUGGCCCGAGACGAAUCAGUUCAACCAGCUGCCCAUCCCCCAACAACCCAUCUUUCGGUGA